CACCACCAAGGAUAUACUCCGGAUCUUGCCUAUUAACCCCCCCUACUCGGAAAAAGUCUUGCUCUCACUCAAGCAGCAAAAAUGGCUCACGCUUCGUCUCUAUUUCUUCCCGUGAAUUUUAACCCAAUAUCUCGAACAAAGCUCGGUAGGCGCCAUCAUAGAACAGGCAUCUCUGCCAUUCCGCCGCUCUCAACCGCCGCCGAUGUCACCGCCGUGGCUGGAGCGUUCGACGGCACCACAGUCGCCUUCAUCGGCGGAGGCUCCGUGGCCGCUCUGGCAGCCGCUCUCUCUCUUGCGAAUCCCGAGAGGCGGCGGCGGAUGCAGAGAGAAGAGGUCGGCGGCGGAGACAAGGAGGUAGUAAAGGAGUACUUCAACAAGGACGGGUUCCAGCGGUGGAAGAGGAUCUACGGCGUCUCCGAAGACGUGAACCGGGUCCAAUUGGACAUCCGGUUGGGACAUUCCAGAACCGUCGAGAAUGUCAUGAAGAUUUUGACGGAUGAGGGCUCUCUGAAGGGAGUAACCGUCUGCGACGCGGGAUGUGGGACCGGGUGUAUGUCCAUUCCAUUAGCUAAAGAAGGCGCCAUUGUAUCUGCAAGUGAUAUUUCAGCUGCUAUGGUUUCUGAAGCCCAGAAAAAGGCCAAAGAAGAGCUUUUGAAGGCCGGAAGGGAGGAUGAACACCCUACAGGGGUGACAUUGCCUAAAUUUGCAGUGAAGGAUUUGGAAAGUUUAGAGGGGAAGUAUGACACUGUGGUGUGCCUGGAUGUGUUGAUACACUACCCACAGAGCAAGGCGGAUGCUAUGAUAGCUCAUCUUGCGUCCUUGGCUGAGAACCGCUUGAUCCUGAGCUUUGCCCCGAAAACGUUUUAUUACGUUCUCUUGAAGAGAGUUGGAGAGUUUUUCCCCGGGCCUUCGAAGGCCACGAGGGCGUAUUUGCAUGCUGAGGCUGAUGUCGAGCGUGCUCUGGCAAAGGUUGGGUGGAAGAUAAGGACGAGAGAUUUAAUAACCACACAGUUUUAUUUUGCAAAGCUUGUUGAGGCCGUUCCUGCUUCUCAAUCAUGAUGACUUGUUUGACGAACAGACUGAGAUUAUAUCAUGAUUUACUCUCUCACUACUCUGUCACGCUGGAGUGGGGUGUGGGGGCGGUUGGACGCCCCUGGUUGGGCGUUCCUUGUUCUUUUAGGCUAAUAAUCACUUUCUUUUUUCCUUUCCUUUUUUUGCUCUGUCUUUGAUCUCAUGGUGAUUAAUUUGGCAUCAUCAAUUGUAGAUUUUAGACGCUUUUGUAAAUGGUGUAUUCAUAUUCAUAUGUUUGGGGUCACAUUAUGGUUCAGCUUUGACAAAUCGCAGUAAAACUUGUGUUGAAAAUCAAGAGCAGGCUGGUUU